AUGGCUCUAUUCGUCAAGAAGACCCUUGUCUUUCUUUCAGUCUUCCCUUCUUCGGGAAAGUCGUCAAGAAAAAUGUCCGUCAUACUUGUUGAUUUGCAGCCAACGAGCUGGACUGAUGGCAUGUCUCUGGAUGGAUCAUGGGAGUUCUCCGUAGGUAAGAGGCUGCAAAGUCUUGCAAAGAAGCAGGGGCUCCUUGGUGAAUCCUUGAAGUCUGUGAACCAGUCAGUCUGCAGUUAUGAUGAUCCAACAAAAGUCACUGGCUCACAGCUGAGAAGGAAGUCUGGGGUGUUCCUGGCCAACCAUUUUCUCACUCUGCGCUCACUCACUCGCUGCUCCUCGUUCAUCCAGUCACUGCCGACCAGCAACAGUCGCAGCUCACUCAAAAAGACUCAUCCUCAAUCCAUAGGCUUACUACUACAGGUCGAUCGCACUCACUCAUCCGCAAACAUGUGGACCAAUACUUAUUCCGACACGCGACCACGUAACAGAAGCCGUCCACGGCUUCCCCCACAACGGAUACCUCUUAAAAUAGUACUGGGAGCAUCGAAGCAAGAAACAAAUGGCUUCCAGCCACGUUUAAAUGCUGAUAAAGCCCUCCCUACUUCGACUUCAUACUUAUAA